CAACGCUUGCCACGCAGGCAAAGAUUCAUCGACCAAUGACUGAAAGCUGGAAGGCGGGUCAGUGGAGUCACUGGUAGACACGUAGCUAAAUCAUCCUACGUAAGAAAAUGGACCUUCCACACCAUGGACACAGAGCGACUAAACCAAGAGCUCGCACAGGUCCGCCGGCUGGAGACCCCAUGCUUUUUGAUGAUACCAGCUCCGGAGGGCCUCCCAUGCCCAGUCAGGGCUACUACAAUUCAGGGUACAACAUGAGUGGACCCCCUGGUGGUGGUGGGGGUGGUGCUGGCGCUGGCGUGAACAAUUUAUUUGCUGAUCCGAUGGCCAAUGCUGCCAUGAUGUAUGGUUCCUCUAUUGCCAACCAGGGGAAGGAUAUUGUUAAUAAAGAGAUAGGCCGGUUUGUUUCCAUGAACAAGUUGAAGCACUUCUUCGCAGUGGACACCAAAUAUGUAAUCAAGAAACUGAUGCUCCUCAUGUUCCCCUAUACGCAUCAGGACUGGGAAGUGCGAUAUCACAGAGAUACUCCCCUGCCACCCCGACAUGAUGUGAAUGCUCCUGACCUCUACAUACCCUCAAUGGCUUUCAUCACCUACAUUUUGCUAGCUGGGAUGGCCCUUGGAAUCCAGAAAAGGUUCAGUCCGGAGGUGUUGGGCCUGUGUGCUAGCACUGCCCUGGUGUGGAUGGUCAUUGAGGUGUUGGCCAUGCUGUUGAGCUUGUACUUGCUUACUGUGCACUCUGAUCUUUCUACCUUUGAUCUCAUUGCUUACAGUGGAUACAAAUAUGUGGGGAUGAUCUUCACUGUCCUCUGUGGACUCCUCUUUGGCAGUGAUGGCUACUUUGUUGCUUUGGCAUGGAGUUCCUGUGCCCUCAUGUUUUUCAUAGUCCGCUCACUCAAGAUGAAGAUUCUUUCCUCGCUGUCCUCCGACUCCAUGGGUGCUGGAGCAAGCGCCAAGCCCCGCUUCCGCCUUUACAUCACCAUGGCAACUGCUGUUUUUCAGCCAAUCAUCAUUUACUGGCUCACCUCUCACCUGGUCAGGUGACCUGGUAGUGCCCAUCCAUCAGGGUCUGCUAGCAUGGAACUUUCAAUCACAUGUUGAUGACCUUUAGCAAACUUUAUGGAGUGUCAUUACUACACUUGCCUUUGGCCGUUGCACCAAAAUGGCCUGUAGAUAUUUGCUUGUUGUAGGUUGUUUGUUUUGGGGGCUGAAGUGUUCAUAAACUCCCUAAACAAACUCAGACUGAAUAUGGCAUGCAAGGCUAUGGACGAAUGGAUAGCUCAUUGAAAAAUAUCUUCAGAGUUAUGGGUUUUCACUUCAACAAAAAUGGACCUCUAAGAACCUUGUAAACGUUGUGCUUUGGGUGUCUAAUAGUCUAAACAGGCAGACAACCAAAAUGACCAAUGAACGAAUUUUAGGAGAAAGCUGUUUUGGCUAUAUCAAAUACGUAUCUAUAUUGCAAUGCCCUGGAUUACCAUUCUGUGCUGAAAUAUUGUGUAUGUUGUGAAGCACACACUUGUAUAACUCCUUUUGUAUUUAUCUGUGCUAUUGGAAGCAUGAACAGCAGUGUUUUUAUUUUUGUAGUAAAACAAAAACAAAAUGAGUGAAUUUUAACCACAAGCAGUUUAUACACGUGUUUUCAUUUCAGUCGAUGUGUGUGAGAUGAAAACUUGAAGUGAACCUAUUGAUGAGUAAUCCGAUGUGUUGGAUGUAAAGUAAAAAGCAUACAAAAAACCUGUGGAUCAUUGCUGUGUUCCU